CCCCGACAACCGAGUGUCACCUGGCCGAGUGUUUUUUAGCUAAAGUCGCCCGACGAUGAGAGCGGACUUACCGCAGAGCUGCAGCUGUCACACCCGCUGAUGAUGAAACUCGGCGUGGGGAAAAACUGGCGUUUUGUGGACGUGCUGGGUCUGGAGGCUGAGCCACUCACGCUGGUCCCCAAGGAAUGCUGUGCCUUGAUGCUGCUUUUCCCCCUGACACAACAGCAUGAGUCUUUCAGGCAACAGCAGGCAGACAAAGUGGCGCGGGGCUCUGACGCUUACUUCCUGAAGCAGACAUCGGUCAAUUCCUGCGGCACCAUCGCCCUGCUGCACGCCGUUGGCAACAACCAAACCAAAAUGACAUUUGAGGACGGUUCCGUCUUGAAGAAGUUUUUGGAUGAGACUGCAAAGAUGUCUGCUAAAGACCGUGCCGAACAUCUGAACAUGAACAAGGCAAUCCACUCAGCACACAAUGAGAUUGCCUCACAAGCACAAUGUGUGCCAGAAGCGGAUAAAAUAAACUUCCACUUCAUUGCCUUCGUCAACAUAAAUGGACAACUUCUUGAGUUUGAUGGGAUGAUGAAUGGCCCCCUGAACCAUGGACCUACCAAAGAUAACACCCUUGUUACGGAUGCAGCCAAAGUCUGCAGAGACUUUGUGAAGCGAGGACAAGGCGAACUGCGCUUCUCUGCCGUGGCUCUGUGUCGUCAGUAGAUUUCAGGACCAACUGUCAAUCACCACAUUGUGCCGCAGUAAACACAUUUAUCUGCUACUGACGGCAGACACUAUCAAGCAAGUAUUGUUUACCCCCCACAUCUCGUGCACUAAUAGCACAAUGUCAGCAACACAAUGCUUAACUGUUACAGGCUUGCAGACACCAGUGGUAGUCACUAUUCUCUACGAGUGACCAAAUCUAAUCACAUUGCUCUUUUUGUGCACAAGCACUUGUCUCUUUGUAUGCUUCAAUGCAUUGUGAGCCAUUAAAAGUACACAUUGGCGUUUGCAGUGGAAAAAGUACAAAAAAGGACUGUUUUAGAUACUGCUGAAUAAGUAGUUGGCACUGACGUUCCUCACAGCCCAAAUGUAGCGAUAAAAUUCACUGUUGACUAAGUCUUAAUUUGCAGGUUUUUUCCCUGAAGAAUUUCAGUUAAGUGCAAUUAGUUGGCUUUGCACAGUAGAAUUUGUUGCACUGUUGUGUGGCUGUUCUUGACACAAAUAAAGUGCUUUGAUGUGU